CUUAUGGUAACAAAAUUAACCGAAUACGCGAUGUUAUAUCGCUUUUAAUAAGCGAAAUAUAGCUAUUUGUAGUGCAGUGCUUUUUGUUUACAAUAUAACGUACUGAAAUAAACAUUUUGUUAUUCGAUUGAAAAUGCCUAAAUCUUCGAAAUUAUGGAACUAUUUUGUGAAAAGCGAAGAUCAUGAUUUCAUGGCAAUAUGUCAAUUUUGCGGAAAACUUUUUUCAUACAAAACAACCAGUUCAAACCUUAAAGCUCAUUUAAAACAGAAACAUCCCUUGGUUUAUGACGAUUUACUUCAAACCUCUGAAUCUGACCUAUCAGCGGUGUUAAAUAUUAUAACUGCAUUACUGUUUGCUACGUUUCGUCGAAACGGUUACAAUUUGUUGUUAUCGUUAAUUUACCAAUUCAAAACUAUGAUGACAUCUAAAAUGUGGGACUACUUUUUACAAUGUGAAUCCGAUGAUGGUGUAAAACGAGCCCAAUGUACAUUCUGUGAGAGACUACUUAGUUAUAGCUCGACAACGUAUAACCUUAAAUCUCAUUUGAUGCGUCUUCAUCCGGAAGAAGUAGGAUUCAAUAGUACAGACAAAUUAAGAUCUUCCGUUUUGAAGCCGCUUAAAAAUUCCGAACAACGUAACCUGCCUACGUUGAAAAGAAGAAACGAAUCAGUUGUUUGGUCGUUUUUUACGAAAUCAGAAACUAAUGAGAGAGUAGCAACAUGCAAUUUAUGCAAUAAGACAUUUUCGUACAGAUCAAGUAAUACCAAUCUUAGGACACAUUUAAAACGAACCCAUCCCGAUGAGUUUAACGAAAACGAUAUCGACGACAAAAACGAAAUAAGUUACAACGAAAGCGGCGACGACGAUACUGUUCAGUCCAACACCAUCGAUGAUGAGUCCAACCAUUCUACUGCCGAAGCCGAUGCGUGGAGUUUCUUCGAGAAGGAGACAGGCGGGCGCGCUCGCUGUGUUGUCUGCCGCGCCUCACUGCCCCACCGCAUCAGAGACCUCAGGCAGCACUUGAAGGACAACCAUCCCAAAUUGGCACAGGACUUUGACCAAGCGAGUGACAGCGACGAAGACCAAAACGACUCUUACACAGAAGUGGUGUAUUUAGAAGAAGAAACCAGAAAAGUAAAAAAACCGCAAAAAAUUCCAAGAAUAUCUUACACAAAUUCACCGAUGGUGAAACCGGCGAAGAUCAGCAAACUGAACACGUCCACCAAUGAAAGACAUGACGAAAAUGACGAUCAAAUUGAAAAAUUUAGUAAUUACGUCGCUUCUUUACUGAAAGAAGUGCCGAAAGAUGCUUGCAUGAAACUACAAAUGGAAAUUAUAAACUUGAUUAUGACUACAAAGUUAAAACUAACCACAGAAACGACGGAGAACAAAAUGAUAAUAGACGGAGUGCCUGUUGCUAUACAGACGGUGAAUGCGGUUCCCGGCGCCGGGUUUAUAGUGACCGUACCCACCACAGUGUCCACCGCCCAUCCUGCACCCGUCGCACCUACCGUUCCUCAAAACAAGCCAACAUUUACUGUAGAAGACACUAAAGAAUCGAUGAACGAGUGUAGAGACUUACCUAAAUUGUGACCAAAAUAAACGUUAUAAAAGGGACUUGAACUGAUGGAGCAAUUAAGAUAUACUAGAUUAUAAACAGGUUGUUAUUAGGUCUAUGCUAGAAGACUAAGUUGAAGUGAAGCAGAAUUUUGUUAUAAAAGUCCUGUAUAAUGCAAGUACAAAAGUACGUUUAGGUUUAGGUAAAAAUAUUAGAUUUGUCUUUUAGAGCGUUGAUUUUCUACUUUUUGGGUUAUAUGAGUUUACGCUAUACUGUUUCGGUUUUAAGAGGAAAGGCGGAUGAAAGAAGGAUUUUAGAUAUCUUGGCGGCUGAAGAUAAUCGGCGCGUCUCAUUGAAUUUAACUGGUGGUGUUUUUAUGCAGAAAUAUGGAGAGAAAUUUAUUACUAGUGUUCUUUUUUAUUUUGAUUUUUCCCACAAAAAAUAUUUGAUUGUUUGUGAUUGAAUUCCUACGAUAAGUGUCCGCGACUCAGUCCGCGCGGAAUUAAUAAAAAAAAACUUAAUU